AUGGGCAGUGGAGUGGGAGGAAACUCAUCGUCAUCAACUUCAAAUUUAUCAGCUCUAGCCCCACCGUUUACUGUUGAAAGAUCAAACCCUAAAUUCAGUUCUAUCCCAAUUUUGUGUUUCUCGGAUUCAUCGUAUGCUACUGCACCCAAUAGCCAAACAUGGCAAUAUCCACAUCCUUCUGCUCCUGGACCUGAAUUAAAUAUUGAUUCCAAAAUAAUGGAUCACUUUCCUUUCGCACAUUCCAGUCCUACUCCUAUUAGCCCGCCUAGUAUUGAUUGGUCUGUGCCCAUUAGCCCGCCUAGUACCAAUUGGUCUGCUUUGAGCAGUAAUGCUAAAACUUCGACUGAUGUGUUUUCAUAUGCUGGGGAGGUCAAGCCUUAUUAUUCCCCUUAUGUCUCUACUAUGGUUGGCAAAGAUAACCCAUCUGUUGUCGAAUAUGAACCUUUUUAUGAUCCGAGGCCCACCUCUGGACCAGAUUUAUCCUCUCAAGUUGAUUAUGUUCAGAGCUUGUCUGGCUUGGAAUACGCUCCACAGUGGCAUGAUGCUUGGGCCUUUGAUGAUGGGAAGCAGGCUAAACGGGUUGAACUUGAUGGGAGUUUUUCUUCCAAGAAGGUGAAUAUUGGUGAUUCACUUUUUUCCAAAAGUUAUAUUAGCCCAGGAGUUCAUAGUAUUGAAUAUGGGAACAACUGUAAAGAAGAUUUUGGUAUAUCACAUGGUAAACUCAGUCAUGUUUCCGGAAGAGAAAGCCAUAUUGGAUCUUCAACAGUGGGACAUAUGGAUGACAGAUCAUGCUUGGAGCAAAAUCUUAGCUUCCUUCCUUAUGAAUCUUCUAGAAUGCCCAAGCUGAUGUCCGGUUCUGCAUAUCCUGAAUCUUGCCCUCUAGAGCCGUCUCUUGAAGGGUUUAGGAACUUCACAGACUAUCAAAAGCAGAACAGUCCAUAUGAAAAAUGUUUGCAACCCCUUGAAUCAUCCUUUAAUGGUUCUAUAUCAGUAACAAGAUCUACACCAGCUGUGGUCCUUAGGCCUCCACCUGCCGGAAACAGUUUAUUAGCAGAAAAUGCUACUCAUAAAACAGUGGACGUUGACAAUAUUUCAGGCGUCCUCAAGGCCGAAUUUGAUGACAGUAAUAGAGCAAAACAGAAUGAUCUGUACCUAGGACCAAUAGAAGGUUCCUUUGAUGCAGGCCAAUUCACAUCUCAGAAGAAAGGUAAUGAUCACAUACCUUUUACACCGCCUUCAGUGAAGGAAUUGUCGAGCCAAGUGCAUUCUAAGGAAAUCUUAGAUAACAAAAUCAAAGCACGAUGUGGAUCUCAUCUGCCUGAUAUAAAUGUCUCAAAUGACGUCUCUUUGGCUGUUAACAGUGUUCAAGUUGUGAAGCCUAUUGAGAAUUCUUCAUAUUGCUUAGAUAAUUAUGCUCCUGCAGUUGACUCGCCCUGUUGGAAAGGAGCACCAGUUUCUCAUUUUUUGGCAUUUGAUGAUGUUGAAGUUGGCAAGUCGCCUUGUUUUAAGAAGAAAUCUGAAGAAUGUUAUGAUUUUGAUCAUGAAACGCAUAAGCUUUUCCUCUCAUUAGAUGAUUCCAAGAGAGCUUCCUCUCAAAAGCAAUUUGAAGGCCAUAAGAGUGACGAAAAUCGAUGUGCAGGAAAUAUCAUGCCACUGCCUCCUUCUUCUGAGAGUAACUGUGAUGCUAAAUGUCCAACUAUAGAAGAGAGUUCAACAGAUGCUUUAAAAGAUGGAUUUGAGAUUUCAUCUAUGAAUAGCAGAAAAGGAGUUGGGAUAUCUAAUCCCCUUCACAAGCCUAGAAAAGAAUUUUCCCCGAACGACUCAGUGAGUUGUUAUGACCAGAAAAUAACCAAUGCAAAGCAUUCCAGUGCUGAAGCGAGUGAUAUCCCAUAUAGAAAGCUUGGUUUACAGGCUAGUACUGCUAAUUCUGUGACGACCUUUAAUGAUUCUUCCGAAGGUGGCGCUGUUGCGUUUCAUGCUGCAGAAAACGUCUUGUGUUCACCUUCUUCACAGGAAGAUGCCUCUGAGGUUGCAAAAGAAGGCCCUGAUCCAAAUUUGGAUGUUCAAUCAAUUAUUAAUGCAAUCCGUGCUCUUUCAGAGUUGCUUGUGAAGAAUUCUAAAAGUGAUGCAAUUGCUCUGGAAGAACAUAACUUUGAUGCCCUUAAGCACGUGAUCAGCAAUCUUGAGGCAUGUAUGACUAGGAAAAUUGUUCAUAGAACUCUGAACAAGGAUCCAAUUGUUUCCACAGGAGACAUUUCGGGUAAAAUUGUGGAUACUCAUGAUAUGGCUACUCUUGCAGGCAAGCCUCAAGUUACAAAUGAAGCUCUGAACUCUCAUGCACAUCUAGAUUAUCAGCAACUUCAUGAAGAGAAGAGAGGUGACCUUUUUCCUGGUAAGAAAGCUGAGAGUUCAUCACUUCUUUCACCCUUAAGGGGUGAUGCGGACUUAUCAACAGACGAUAAUAUGGCCCAGGCUAUAAAGAAGGUCCUCGAAGAGAAUUUCCUCUAUGAUGAAGAAAUGGAACCGCAAGUGCUUCUCUUUAAAAACUUGUGGCUCGAGGCAGAGGCUAAAUUAUGUUCCAUCAGCUAUAAAGCUCGCUUCGAUCACAUGAAGAUUGAAAUGGAAAAGUUCAAAUCCAACAAGGAAGAAGGAAACAUCGCGGUUGUUGAGAAGAUGUUGAAAUUUCAGAAUUCACCUAAUCCAAGAACAGAAUCCAAUCGGCCACCUGCGGAUCAAGAUGGUGCAUUUCCGAAACUCGUGUUCCAGAAUGCUUCUGUUCCUAGUACAAGUGGCAAUGCUGAUGAUGUUGUGUCUGUGAUGGAAAGAUUCCAUAUAUUGAAAUCUCGGAAAGACAGCAAAGAUUCAGUAAAGUCAGAAGAGGAACUGCAAGAAAUGGUUGAUUGUGAGCAUGCAGGUUCGAAAACCCCUGCCCAUAACAACGGUGAUGAUGUGGAGGCAUCGGUCAUGGACAGAUUCUGUAUGUUGAAAUCACGGAAUGACAACUCGAGACUAAUAAAUAUAGAAGAUGAACAACAGCCCAUGAAGGAUGAUUUUGAGUAUAUGGGUAAGAAAAACCUCGGGCCAUGCACGCAAGACCAAUCAGAAGGUGAAAACUUAAAUGUGGACAUGAAACCUUAUUUCCCUCUACGAACUGGCAGUCUGGAUGAAGGAAAUUUUGGCUCUUUUGUUGACGCGCGUGGAUAUGAAUCUGGGAAAGAGCUCCAUCUCCCUGUCACAAAUGAUCAGGUGGUCAUCCAGUCAUUAACUAAUGACAUGCUGAUAAAUCAAUUUUCUUCAGGAUGGUAUGAUAAUUCCUCUUCAGAUUGGGAACAUGGCUGUGAUGGAUCUGUGCUGAUCGACUCGACUCCAUCCAACAUAGCAGAGAAGGAUUCUCCAGCUAAUAAUCCAAGCCUUAGAGGGUUCGAAGUCAUUGACAGUGCAAAGGCUAGACUUGAAGCUAUAUGCCAAGGAGUUGUUUCAUGUGCUGAUAUACUGGCUUUUGCAGCAAGGGAUAGUGUUGAAAUUACAGGAGGAUUUGGCUAUGAUGUUCCUGCUGGUAGAAGAGAUGGUAGAAUUUCUUUAGCUUCUGAGAUACCAGCAAACUUGCCACCUUCCACCUUCAAUGUAGAUCAACUCACUCAAAGCUUCGCAAAUAAGGGAUUUACGCAAGAUGAAAUGGUUACGCUUUCUGGUAAGUCGACUUGUUCAUACUACAUCGCAACUUGUGGCAUGGUGCUCACACCAUUGGCCGCUCUCAUUGCACUUCCUUCAGUGGCAGACUUUACAGUUUCAACUCUUACUGCAACGGCUGCUCAAGUUAUUAAAAAUGCACAAAACCAAUUUAUAUGGAGAAGUAAAUUUGCAGCUGCAAUGGUGAAGAUGGGUCAAAUUGGAGUCUCGACUGGUGAUGCCGGAGAGAUCCGAGCAGAGUGUAGAGUGAUCAAUGGUUGA